AGAGACAUCAUAAGACUAAAAUUCAGAGUCACUUCAAUUAUUCUUUCCAGAAACUUAGGGUGUCAACUGCUCAUAAUCAGUCACUUCUAGGAGAGACGUUCAAUUAAAUGACUGCAACGCGACUUCAGCAUAUUCAACAUCAUCUUGUUACAAGAAAGUGCAGCAUGUCCCAGAGCCCGGUAACUACUCACGUCCUCAACACGGCCCGAGGGGUCCCCGCUGCUCACCUGGCGAUCAGUGUUUCCAGGUUGGAGAACGAGGAAUGGAGGGAGAUGGCGAGAGGGGUUACGAAUUCAGAUGGCAGAUGCUCAGGUCUGUUAACAUCACAGAAUUUUAUUCCUGGAGUAUACAAGAUGAAAUUUGCAACAGAUGAAUAUUGGCAAUCAUUAAACAUGACCAGUUUCUACCCAUACAUAGAGAUUGUCUUCAACAUUUCAGAUACAAGUCAGAAGUACCAUAUUGCUCUUCUUCUGAAUCCAUUCUCAUAUACUACUUACCGAGGAUCUUAAGUGUCCUUGUCAAUGCAAUAAUGGACUGUGCAUUAAUUUUCACAUUAUAAUAAAAUAAGAUUCUCUAUGUUAAUAUAUGUGCAUUUUUCACUGAUGUCUGUACAAUAUCCGUAAAUAUUGGUGAUAGAUUCAAAUAGAUUAAUGACAUCUUG